AUGCUACCCGAAGCUGACAACACGGUCGAUGAGCCACAAUCGUCCUGGAAUGAAAACCGUAACAAUCACCCUAUUGGUGCAUUAAAGAACAGAAUAUGGUUCCAUCGUAACCAUUAUGUGGGAGCAUUACUCUUCAACUUGGGCGCUUUCGUCCUCCCAGCUCUAUACAGUACUCUAUCUAAAUUAUGGGUUGCGGAGAUUGACUCGUCGCUUGUUGUUACGACCGAUGUAUACACCUACAUCGGAGUGGUGGUUGAGGUUCUAAAUGAGGGCCUCCCCCGCGCCUCCUGGGUCAUCAUUGCCGACAAAGACUUGCGCUCAUUAACACAGCGCCUCAGCUUAGCCUACACGCUCAUUCUAUUCCAGUCUAUCCUUGGACUAAUUAUGAGUAUUGCAUUUAUUGCCGGCGCCGCCACAUUUGCUGAAGGGUUCGUCCCUGUCGAGGUUCGCGCCGCAAGUUUGACUUACAUCCGGAUUAGCGCUUUCUCGGCCCUAAGCUCAGCAAUUGAAACUACUGUGGCGGCGGCCACGAGAGCUCUUGACAAGCCCGAUAUUCCACUGGUUAUCAGCUUGACCAAAUUUGCUAUAAAUAUCAUUUUAGAUCUGCUUAUCAUCUCACGAUUCCACGUUGGCAAUAUCCAACCGACAAUUAAUAUCCAAGCUGGCAUCCAGCUUGCUUGCAACAUGACGGCUGCUUUCGUAGGACUUGCCUACUUUCUUUGGGCAACGAACUCGGAGCAUCGAAAUCAUCAGCUGGAACUUUCUGACAAUGACGAUGGGGAUGUUCCUCGGAUACGUAUAGGAACUGAUACUAAAAUCCGUUUGAGUUUCCGUGCCUUGGCUGUCCUAUUACGACCUGGGAUCCUAACCCUCGCUGAGUCGGCCAUACGAAAUUCCCUUUACCUCUGGCUAGUCAGUACCAUUGUAGCGCUUGGCUCAACGUAUGCGACUGCCUGGACAAUAUUCACUACUAUCCGCUGGGGAUUGGUUAUGGUUCCUGUUCAGUCAUUAGAGGCGACGAGCCUUGCGUUUAUCGGCCACCAUUGGGGAUCUUGGCGCCGUUCAAUUGGUAAGACGACGCGUAGGCCUGGUCGUGUCGCUUUCAAAACUAUCAUCCGAAUUAUGAGACCGGCUCUCGUUUCCUUCGUUAUCGCUCUCUUAGUUGAGAUCCCUCUUGCCAUCUUUCUAUCCAUAUGGGGUGCUAGAUCGUUCGCUCGAUACCUAGGCCAACCGGAUGAAGUUGCAGACAUCACAGCAUAUAUGUGGCGGACUACUGACUGGUGCUACAUAUUUUAUGCCAUGUCGACCCAGCUUGCUACGAUUCUCCUGGCCACACAGCCUAAAUGGUACCUCUACCAGAGCUUGGUUAGCAACCUCCUCUACGUUUUACCAUGGGCUAUAGUCUGCCAGGUAAAGGAUCUAGAUGUGAGCAAUGCUUGGACCUACCAUAGACUGGUUUUCGGCGGAAGCUUAGUGUUUAGUUUUAUCGACGUUUUAGUUGUUAAUGCUGCGUGGGUAUGGACGGUAACGACCGGAAGGGCGAAGCUUGAGACGUUUAGAGAAAGCUGA